CAAGACAGACAGACAGACCGACAGAAGCGGGCGCUACAUGCACACUUUCCGAUUCGCCGGUUUCCUCUCUGCUCUCCCUGUUUCCCUCUUCCCUUUUCCCUACUUUUUCUUUUUCUUUUCCGUGUCAAGCAGGACUCUUCCCCCCGUCCCUCCCCCAAUUCUAGAUACGUAUGUGGCUUGCAUCUCCCACAUGCCUACAUGCGAGACAUCUCUUUUUCGGGGGGUGUCUUGGGUGAGGUAUUACCUAGGUACUUACGUAGCAGAGGCAGCAGCAGCAGCAGCAGCAGCGUCGUCCGGGGUCUCAACACGUAAUUCGUACCUAAUAACAGGAUAGGCCAUGCGUAGGUACGUAGGUGGUAUACCAUGGAUGCAGAUGGCCAGAUGGCCGGUACCGAGACCGAGAAAGCAUUGUGGGUAUGGAUCCUGGAGCGGGUUUAGGGGGAGCUGGGAUGUUUCGAUGCGUUAGGGUUGUAGCGAACUCCGUCUCGGGUCAGGAAGCUAAUCUCCCCAUCCCCUUUUCUUUUCUUUUCUUUUCUUUUCCCCUCUCUUCUUUCUUC